CAGUCGUUCGCUGGCAGACGUGCUGGCAACGUGCGUCGCAGUCGCAGCAGUUUCCGAUUCGGGUUCAGAUCGAGAUUCGGGUUCGGAUUAACACUCGCGCAGUGCCAGUUUUGCAGGGGUUUUGUGCGUGAUUGGAAAACGUGUCGCCUGAAAGUAAUAGAAAAGUGCACUGUUUGCAGGUGAAUGCAAAUGUGAGUUUCAUAUGGCUGAGAUUACAAACGGACGAUAAGGGAACAUAUUGAGUUUAUGUGGCGCCAAUAUCACUAUCUAUGUAUGCAUUGUCUUCUUGACGGGCGGAAAAUUGUGAAAAUGGGUUGGAACUGCGAUGGGAGGGCAAGGUACUGCCCACAGACUUGGCCAACACUUGAGACGCCAACUUUUUGCGUCUUUUGAACGCAAGCAAACAAACUGAGAGAUAAAACAUCCAAACGGUCGUCCUGUGGUCAUUCCCAUAUUUAGUCCGUUCUUUAGGUAUUUUAUUAAUGGUCCACAGAGGUCAUAGACAAAUUGUAAAGAAUCAAGUUUACAUUAAUUUUCUUUAUUUUAAAACUGUUAAAUCCAAUGUCAUGGUUGUCUAUGAAUGCCAAACUAACAUUUUUUCACGGUGCAUAUAUUUGUUUGUGCUUUCCUCUUGGCCAUUUCAAAUGUUUUUUUUUCGCAAAUUUAUUGCGCACACUUGAGUGUUUGUUUGUAAACAUUUCGAUUCGAGUAAUUGGACACGUUCGCCGCAUUCGGUGCACUCACUAAUUUACUCAUAAAUGGAGCCACACCAAAUCAACAGCGUCAUCGGCGUCCAAUACGCGUAAACACUGAAGGCAGAAAGUGUGGAGGCAGAAAAUUUUGCUUGAAUUACACAAUUCUCACAGCUCACAACAAAAAACAGCUGAUUUUCACACACCCUUUAACACGCUUCCCCCCGCCCCUCUCUUUUCAUUGCUUUACUUGUUGAAAUGUUUUUGGGCAGAGAAAACGCGAGAGCUAAAUCUUCCUCGCAGCCAAUGGUACGUAUGAGCAAUGUCAAGUAUACGCUCCGUAGGCCACCGGCAUUGUGAACGGAGAGAGUGCAAGUGGGGGUGGGAAAGAGAAUCAUCAGCUGUCCAUUGCCCCCGUUCAGCUUGCCAUCCGUUUAGUUUCGUUUCGUUUCUCUUCUCCUCUCUUGAAUUCAGCUUUAUCGGCUUUGUUGUGCUUCGAUGCGAUUCGAUUGGAUUCGAUUCAAUAAGAUUGCUUUGUUUUUAAAAAUACAUUUUCAUUUGUUUUGAUUUCCCCUUCAGUUGGAAUUUUCUUUGUUUGGCGAUACUGAUAAUAGAAUAGGUACGGACUAUUUAAAGAAGCACAAUAAGUAGAUUGGACAACUUAAUUCAGUCUAAUGGUACAAUUUUGUUAAUAUUUUGUUGUAUUUUAAAAUAGCCUAGUAUUCAUUGAUUGAAACGCUGAAGUUUUAAAGGGCAAGCCACUCUGUUUAUCCAGUUUAACCAAGUUGUUUAUUAAUAUACAUAAUUAAUUCUACAAAAUAUUUUUUCAUUUUUACCAGUUUAUUUUUGUUUAUCUUUCGCACCACUGUGCUUCAUAUAUAAUCGUUGCACACUCAAUGGAACUCACAUAUACGCAUUGUACGAAAAAACUACGUAGAAAGCCGUAUAUAUAUUUAAUUAAAUUUGUGAGUUGUUAGGUUCUUUGUUGUUGGUGGUGCCUAUAAUACUGCUUCAUUUGGCGUAGCUUGAGAACGGCAAUCCCCAUUAAAUAGCAUCAUUUGCCGCCGAGCAUCGGAGCUGAUUGCUUGGCGCCCGGAGUAAUCAAAAUUGAGUUUAAUUUUAAAUAAGGUUCAAGAGUGCGGCGUGAAUCCGCUGGCGGCAAUAGCCACCAACCAAUUAGAAGAUAAUCUGAAGCUCGCAUUUCUACGACUUGUUCUUCGUGAAGUGACCCAGAAAAACUCUGCUGAAUACUAGGUCAUACAGCCAAAAACAGAAAAACAAAACCGAAGCAAAACAAAAACGGAACAAAUCGGCAUGAACUUGGAACAAACCGAAUCUGGGCAAUUUUAAUUGAGCCAGCAGAGUCGCGAGUGUUUGGUUUUCUCAUCUGGCCAGCAACUUCUCACCUGAUGACCCAACAUGAAGGGCAUCUGCGGUGAGCAGCUCAACAAUUGCAUGCUCCUGGGCGACUGUGAGAAUAGUGAACAUGGCACAGAACUGCCCGGUGAUUUUAUCGGGGAGCCAGUGGAAACGGAGUCCGGAGGCGGAAUGGGCGGUAGUCUGGCCCUAGCCGCCCGUCGUAUCCGAAGCCGCCAGGUGCACAGCAUGGCCGUGCGAACGGGUAGUGCGUAUGAUACCCUGGAGCGACCAUAUCGGCAUGAUAAAUGUCGUGGUCGUUGGGCCAAAUCGGCGGACUUUUACUUUGCCAGCUGCACACAUGCCUUCAGUUCGCUGAUCUUUUCGGAGCUCUCCACCUUUGGAAUACUUCAUGGCGGUUGGCUUUUGUUUAUAAUCGCCUACCUGAUGGGAAUGCUAUUUUACUCGCUGCCAAUAUUUUUGAUCCAAGCCUUUUUGGGACAGUUUUCAAGUUCUGGAACCAUAUCAGCAUUUCGCGUGGCGCCAAUAUUUAAAGGCAUUGGCUACGCCAUUCUGCUCCUCAAUCUGGGAACGCUCACCUAUUACAGUAUAGCAGCUGUAGUGCCCCUCAUAUAUACCGUGAAUUCAAUACACCCAGUGAUACCCUGGAUGAGUUGCAACAAUAGUUGGAAUACCCAGGAGUGUUCCUUGCACGAGAACUACGACGUCGAUUUCGCCGUCGCCGUUAUCUUCACCUUGGCCCUCGCCAUGGGCGUGCAGUCGUCUGUGAUCCCCCUGCUGUCCCAGGUGGCUGGACAUGGACUGUCCUACACCGCCGUUUCCGGACCCGCUGUGGUGGCCUCUCCCUGGGCCGUUCCCGCCGCCCACUGGCCUGCUGCCGUGAACGUGGCUUCGUGGCCUCCGGCAGCGAUCCACGCCGCCGCUCCUGCCGUGCUUGCUGCCCCUGCUCCCGCUGUGGUUGCUGCUCAUGCUCCCUCAGUCGUCGUGGCCCCAGUGGCUCACAGUGGCGUCUACACUGCCCAGACCCGUGGUGCCAUUCACACCGCUCCUCUGGCCGGACACAUCCUCCAUCAAUGCCGCUCCCGCACCCGGAACCUUGUAAGGAGUAUACCGCCUUCAAUCCCUUUGUCGAUCGGACCAUUGCCUCUGCCACGGAUACUGCCAUUGAUGGGGAAGUCGAACUUUAGACCCCUCAACACGUUAUGUAAAUACAUUGUAUAUAUAGCCAUAUAUAGACAGGGUACUCGCACCUAGCACCUGAACAGGAUCCUUUCAUACCUGUCCCGAAAAAAAGGAGUCAUCAAAAUUCUCUUCCGACCUAAGCACCCGGCCACGUUUGUGGUUGCCUAUUUCUCUCGCUUACCUAUUUAUUUAGCAUACAUUUUCCAAGCAUCCUGUGAAAAAACCAUCACAAGUUUUCUUCGAACGGAAUGCCAAGUGCAUUCUGGAAGGAAAUGCUUGUACAUCUACAUAAUGCCAAUAAAGAAAAUGUAACUAAAGUAU